AUGCUCAAAAGUUUGGAGCAACAAGAUAAAAGAGAAACUGGAAAAAUUGUAACCGAUCCUAGAGUGAUGAAUUACACGUGGAUUCAUUGGACCUAUCAAAAUGUGAAGAAAAUUGAAGUUCAAGAAAACAAGAUAAUUCAUUUGAAAAGGAUGAAAUGGUUGGAAAAGUUUCCAAAAUCAAAUAAAUAUUCGAACUUUUCGAUAAUAAAGGAGAACACGUUGAAAAAUAUCGAACAUGAUUGGAAAAUAAUGCGCAAAAAAGUGAAUUCAGUUCUCAAGAAAACAUUACCACAAGAACGAUUCUAUGAACAAGUGAUCGGAGAUUGUUAUCAGAAAAAAUUCUAUUCAUACAUGUAUGCUGGAGCACCCCCAGUUCCUUGUUCAGGGCCACAUUAUUGUGAAUAUCCUCAAAGAGAUGAUAUAAAGUGUGUUCAUGUUGAUGCAAGAUACGACGAUGUUCCGCGUAUGUCACCGAUCUCUUUUUAUUUUGCAGUUUAUGCGAGGUUUAAUUCAUCGAUUGGAUGUUAUUCAUAA